AUGCGAGAAGACCUUGAGAAGAGAUGGGAAGAGUUUUAUAAGCUCCACCGAGAGGCGAUGAAGUGGAAAGAAGAGGAGAGGAAGAGGCCAGAAGUGCCUUUGGAAAUUUAUGCCCGAGGUCCCCAAGCUGUUAAAGCAUAUGACAAAGCCUUAAUGGGGGGAGAGGCCUGCAUCAAGAGAAUACCAGUGAUGUUGAUCGGACAGGAGCGGACAGGAAAAACUAGUCUAAAAAAGUCCCUAAAAGGAGAAAAUUUCGACGAAAAAGAGGAAAGCACAGUCGGAAUAGAGACUGACUCUUUUUACUUUAAAGUAUCAACAGAGAUUUGGAAAGGCGGAAAAGUGGAGGGAGAAGUACAGUUGGACUCAGAAGAUCAAUUUGAAAACCUUGCAGCAGCGACAGUGAUCAGUGAAUAUUUAAGGGCACAAAGGGCAAAUUUAACAGGGUUUCGGCAAAAGUGGGAUUCUGACUCAGAAUCAGAUGCAGAGUUAGAGUUAGAGCCUCCAGAUGGACCAAGCUCAGCUCACGGCCCAACUAAGCCCUCAAGUAGUAUCAAAUCUUUACACAGAAAAUUGCCCGAGGAAGUAGCCAGGCUGGUUGAAAAAAUGCUUCAAGAGGAGGAAAAUGCAAACCACGAAGACAACAUAUACUUCGUUCUGUGGGAUUUUGGCGGACAAUCAGUGUACUACGAAACCCAUCCAAUUUUCCUCACAGAAAAGGCUAUCUAUAUAUUGGUGUCUGACUUGAGUCGUGAUCCAGACGAGAAUGCCAUCCCGCCUGUCAAAACGGGGCUUUUCGAGGACAAAGUGGACAUUAAAUGCAGUAAAACAAACCUUGAUUAUCUGGACUUUUGGAUGUCAUCAAUUUAUUCCUUGGUAAGUCCAGAUGUUCUAGGCUCUCAAGAGACCGCUCCGAAUGUUGUGCCACGGAGGCUUCCCCCAGUAUUCCUGGUAUGCACCCAUGCUGACGUGCCGUUUGGUGGAUCCAACGCAAGAGGCCUUGCUUUAAAAACGUACGGCUUUUUGCAGCACAAUACCUACAAGGAACAUCUGUAUAAAGAUGUUUUCGUCGUGGAUAAUACAAAGUCUGGCAGUGAAGAAGAAUGUACUGAAGUUAAGCGACUGAGAGAAGAGGUGCUUGCUGUUGCGAAGGAACUGCAACUGACGAAAGAAGAAAUUCCGGUGAAGUGGUUGAGGUAUGAAAACAAGCUUCGCAAAAAGCAUGACAAGUGGAUAACACGUGAAGAAGCCAAGUGGAUUGCAUUUGAAGACUGCGGGAUCCAAGAAGAUGAUGAGUUUUCCACUUUGUUGAACUUUUUGCAUGAUCAGAGAAUUGUGAUUCAUUUUAGUGGCUCUCCAGAGUUGGAAAGGAUGGUGAUAUUAGAUCCUCAGUGGCUUGUUGAUGUCCUCAAAAACGUAAUCACUGUAAGACGUUUUAAACACACGGAGCAUCCUGUCAAAGACCUGUGGAUACAACUUGAAGAAACCGGAAUCUUGGAUGAAAAGCUCAUUGAUCAUGCUUGGAGAGACUUGCUCGACAACCAAGAAAGUCACAAGAGCCUCAUUGCCAUCAUGGAGAGGUUAAGCUUGAUUUCCCCCUGGCCGUCAUCUAAAGACAGCAAGCAGUACCUUGUACCGUCCAUGUUGAUGUCACCCCCAACAGAUGACGUCCUACAGCUUCUCGACUCUGUAAACGUUCCAUCUCUUUUUGUAACAUUUGCAUCUGGUCGAGUGCCUCCUGGUCUAUUCUCCCGACUUAUCCUGCAUUUCCUCCAGUGGUGUGGUGAAGAAUGGAAGAGCAAAGUGAGCCCAGAGUUGUUUCAUAAUUUUGCCAUGUUUCACAUUCUUCCAGACCAAGGUAUCUCCGUUAUUUUUUGGUGCCAUUCCACAGCCAUUGAAGUCGCCGUUUACAGCGGAGACAAUGACGAGAAAAGAGCCGAUAUAUGCCGUGCUGUUCACUGGAAAUUGAGGUUUAUACUCGAAUGCAUGCGGAAAGAGUUUCACUGGCUCAACAACGUGAAGUACGAUAUGUGUGUCUGUUGCCCAGUCUGUUCUCGACCAGGGUCGGUAAAAUGCCGCGAUCAUGACGCACGUGGAUCGUCAACAUUGUAA